AUGACCUCCAUGGCCCAGCAGCUACCCUUUAAGCUCGCCCCACUGUCUCAGGUUGGGAGCAGAGAUGAUUUCUUUAGCUGUGACGAGGAGAUCGAGCGACGCUAUGAAGUUGUUCCUUCUGUUGUCUGCUCUAUGUGCUGCCUCUUCGGUAUCAUCUAUUGCUUCUUUGGCUACCGCUGUUUUAAGGCUGUAAUGUUCCUCACCGGCCUGAUGUUCGGCUCCAUCAUUAUCUUCAUGCUGUGCUACAAGGAGCGAGUGAUGGACACGCAGCUGAGUGUGGAGGCCAGCGUGGGCAUCGGGCUGGGCAUCGGCACGCUGUGUGGCCUGGUCACCAUGCUGGUGCGCAGCGUGGGGCUCUUUAUGGUGGGCCUGCUGCUAGGUUUGCUGGUGGCCCUGGCCUCCCUGGUGGUGCUGGAGGAGUUCUACCACCCUCGCACGGUGUGGCUGCCGCUGGGUGUGCUGCUGGGUUCAGGCAUGCUGUUCGCCGUGCUCACGCUGCAGUGGCAGCGCUGCUUCACCACGCUCUCCACGGCUGUGUUCGGCUCAGCCAUCGUCACCGUCACGGUGGAUUAUUUCGUGGAGCUGUUUGCACUCACACGUUACAUCUACGAAAGGGUGAAGGUGGCCCCAGCUCAGCCUGUGUGCUGGUACACAUGGGUGGUGAUGGGCGUGUGGCCUGUACUCGCCCUGCUGGGCGUGCUCAUUCAGUGGAAGGUGACUGCAGAUGGAUACUCGCACACAGAAGUGUUCAUCAGUCAUCAGCAGAGGCGGCUGCAGCUGAUGAAGAUUCGCCAGAAAGAAGAGAGAAGGGAGAGCAGGAAAAAGAAGAAGAAACGACAACAGAAACCUCAACAGCAGCAGCAGCAGCAACAACAGCAGCAUCAGAAGCAGAAGUACCACCAUCCUCCCCAGUCUCACCCUCACACCACCAACCCCCCUGCAAAAGCCCAGCAUCAAGAACCCACGUACCGCAGGAAACCCAACCCCACACGACGCUAUGAUGGAGACGUACUCUCGCCGAGCUAUAUUCAGCAUUUCCGGGACAGACACGUGGACAGACGAGGCUACUCUCACGGCAGAUUGAUCAGCAGCUCUCAUACAGUGGAUAUAGACUAUGACUGCGGCUCUCAGGUCCCCCUGACCGCCCAUACAGGACCUGCAGUGAGAGUGUGA